CUCUCUCUCUUUUGCUCCAUUCUUUUUCCAAUCUUUUUCACCUCAAACAAACAAAAAGAAUCAAAAGGAGAGAAAAAAUCAUCCUAUCAAGAUGCGUGAGAUUCUUCACAUUCAGGGUGGUCAGUGCGGCAACCAGAUCGGCGCCAAGUUCUGGGAGGUGGUGUGCGCCGAGCACGGUAUCGACCAAACCGGCCGCUACGAUGGCGAUUCAGAUCUGCAGCUUGAGAGGGUCAACGUUUAUUACAACGAAGCCAGUUGCGGCCGCUUUGUCCCACGUGCCGUCCUCAUGGAUCUCGAGCCCGGCACCAUGGACAGCCUCAGAUCUGGACCCUACGGUCAGAUUUUCCGACCCGACAACUUCGUCUUCGGCCAGUCUGGUGCUGGUAAUAACUGGGCUAAGGGGCAUUACACCGAGGGUGCUGAGUUGAUUGAUUCUGUUCUCGAUGUUGUCAGGAAAGAAGCUGAGAACUGCGAUUGCUUGCAAGGGUUCCAGGUGUGCCAUUCAUUGGGAGGAGGAACAGGAUCUGGAAUGGGGACUCUGUUGAUUUCAAAGAUUAGGGAGGAGUAUCCAGACAGGAUGAUGCUUACUUUCUCUGUAUUCCCAUCUCCCAAAGUUUCGGACACAGUUGUUGAGCCAUACAAUGCUACUUUGUCUGUUCAUCAGCUUGUAGAAAAUGCAGAUGAGUGCAUGGUUCUUGACAAUGAAGCUCUUUACGACAUUUGUUUCAGGACUUUGAAACUCACCACCCCCAGCUUUGGUGAUCUGAACCAUUUGAUCUCCGCAACAAUGUCCGGAGUCACAUGCUGCCUAAGGUUUCCUGGACAGCUGAACUCCGAUCUGCGUAAACUAGCAGUGAAUCUCAUUCCAUUCCCACGUCUGCACUUCUUCAUGGUCGGGUUCGCACCACUCACCUCACGCGGGUCCCAGCAGUACCGUUCCCUCACAGUUCCCGAGCUGACUCAGCAGAUGUGGGACUCAAAGAACAUGAUGUGCGCAGCCGACCCUCGCCACGGUCGCUACCUAACCGCCUCGGCCAUGUUCCGAGGAAAGAUGAGCACAAAGGAAGUCGACGAGCAGAUGUUGAACGUUCAGAACAAGAACUCCUCGUACUUCGUCGAGUGGAUUCCAAACAACGUGAAGUCGACUGUCUGCGACAUUCCACCAACCGGGCUGAAGAUGGCGUCGACUUUCAUUGGAAACUCGACAUCGAUUCAAGAGAUGUUCAGGAGGGUGAGCGAGCAGUUCACAGCUAUGUUCAGGAGAAAGGCUUUCUUGCAUUGGUACACUGGUGAAGGAAUGGACGAGAUGGAGUUCACGGAGGCGGAGAGCAACAUGAACGAUUUGGUGGCUGAGUAUCAACAGUACCAAGAUGCAACUGCUGAUGAGGAGGGAGAGUAUGAGGAGGAAGAAGAAGAAUACCAAGACUAAGCUAAGCAGCUUUUGAAUGAAUGAAUGAUUUGAUUAUCUCUUUCUCUCUCUUGUUUUAUUUAGAAUUUUGUUGCUAUUGAAUAUUGUGGUUGUAAUCUCAACUUCCAAUUGCAGCUUGGGGGCAAAACUUUUUUUGGAGGGGGAAAGGUGGUUUCAUUUUUUAGAAUGUUUUGUUAUUUGUAUUUUGGGAAUACUUAAUUUGCAAACUUUAUAAUGCUAUGAUGCUGCAGAUUUGUGUUUA